AUGACCAAGAAAAAAAGUUCCGAAGCAAAAUCUCAAAGUUCAGCAUCGUUAUAUCAAUCAGAAUCUCAAUCAACUACAGAAGUGACGACUUCCGGAUAUAAUAAAAAUCGAAAUGGAACUCAAUCAAGUCCCAACUUUGGUAAUCCAGAAUUAAAUAUUCAAAAAUUUUCUUUAUCCACUGCUAGAAUUGAUUUACAUGGUGGUAAAUCCGAAGAAGAAGCAAAGCGAUUGGUUAUUACAAAAAUUAAAAAUUCGCCUUGUGUUGAAAAUGCGUCCAUUUUUUUUAUUCCUGGGAAAGGAAAGAAUAAUUCAGGAACACUAUAUAAUAGGUUUCCUGAAUGGAUAGAAGAUAAAUUAAUUAAAAACCUAAUUGAUGACCAACGUGCAAACGGAAUUGGAACUUAUGAAGUAUUUAUCAAAAAAAAUGGUGAGAAAAUAUAUAAAGAUAUUCCAAAUGAUACUUUAAAAAUAUGGAGAGAUAAUGCAAAUCAGGAAGAUUAUAAAAUGGCACUGGCAAGUAUUUGUAUGAAAGAUAAAUAUUUUGAAGCUGCAAAAUAUUAUCGAGAAGUCAAAUCAGUUGAGGCGAAAUUAUGUUUAGGAUAUUUGCAUUCUAUUGGAAAAUUAAAUUAUAAUACAUUUGAAGCGGAAAAAUUAUUUAAAGAAGUCGCAAGUGAAUUCGAAGCAAACAAAGAAGCAGCUAGAAUUGCGAAGAGAAAUAUAGCAGUGAUAUAUCAUAAUCAAUUUAUCGAAAAAAAACUAGAAGCAAAUAACGAAAAGUUGUUAGAAGUUCUAACAAAAGCAAAAGAUAUGUAUAAAGAGUCUUUUUAUUUGGGUGAUGGUCAAUCCGCAUAUAAUCUUGGACUACUUUAUGAGAAUAAUUAUGGAAUCGAAGAAGAUAAAAAUGAAGCAUUAAAAUGGUUUAAUGAAGGCGCCAAUUUAGGUAAUUUAUAUGCAAAAGCUAAAUUUGGAUUACUUUUAGUUGAUAACAAUAAUAAGGAGGAUGGGGAUGAAAAUGAAAAAAGGAGGGGAAUAGGUAUGUUGAAAGAUACGGCAGAAAAAGGAUUGGUAAUGGGUCAAACUUUUCUUGGCGUAAUUUUUGAGAGUGAGCAAAUUUAUGAAAAGGCUGUGAGAUAUUAUUCUGACGCCGCACGUAAAAAUUUUGGAUUUUAUAGCCAUGUUGCACAAUAUCGUCUUAAAGAAUUAAAUGCCGAUGAUCAUAUCCCGGACGGCGAAAAUAUUGAGGAUAUAUUGGAGAUCUAUGAAGCAGAAUUAAAAUACAUCUAUAAUGAUGACGAAGAGGAGUUGAAAAUAAAAUUUCUUUCAAAUUACUAA